UCUCUUCUCGCGAGACUUGCGAGCGACCAUCUUGCCCUGCCCCUGACAGGUUUCUUCGUCCAGGUCAUUGGGACGCCGAGACCACCGAGCAGAACCUCGUUGACCAUGCUGUCUCGGGUGGUACUUUCUGCUGCCGCUGCAACAGCCCCUUCUCUGAAGAACGCAGCCCUCCUCGGCCCAGGGGUAUCUCAGGCAACAAGGAUCUUGCACACUGGGCAGCCAAGUCUUGCCCCUGUACCACCUCUUCCUGAGUAUGGAGGAAAAGUUCGUCAUGGGCUGAUCCCUGAGGAAUUCUUCCAGUUUCUUUAUCCUAAAACUGGUGUAACAGGACCCUAUGUGCUCGGAACUGGGCUUAUCCUAUAUUUUCUAUCCAAAGAAAUAUAUGUGGUUACUCCAGAGACCAUCUCUGCCGUAUCAACAAUAGGGUUGCUUGUGUAUAUAGUUAAAAAAUAUGGUGCCUCUAUUGGGGAAUUUGCUGAUAAACUGAAUGAGCAAAAAAUUGCCCAACUAGAAGAAGCGAAACAGGCUUCCAUGAAAAACAUCCAGGAUGUAAUUGAACUGGAGAAGUCCCAGCAGGCACUGGUUCAAAAGCGCCACUACCUUUUUGAUGUCCAGAGGAAUAACAUCGCAAUGGCCUUGGAGCUUACUUACCGGGAACGGCUGCAUAGAGUAUACAAGGAGGUCAAGAAUCGCCUGGACUAUCAUAUCUCUGUGCAGAACAUGAUGCGUCGGAAGGAACAAGAGCACAUGGUGAAAUGGGUGGAGAAGCACGUGGUGCAGAGCAUCUCUGCGCAGCAGGAAAAGGAGACAAUUGCCAAGUGCAUAGCAGAUCUAAAGCUGCUCGCAAAGAAGGCGCAAGCACAGCCAGUCAUGUAAAUGCAUCUGUCCCGACUGAGACAGCUAGAAACACUUAACUGAUGGAAUGGAGACUGGGCUGUGACAAGCGUUAAGUAUUGCCGGCUGCUGGAGUUACAGUUUACCUGCCUAAGAUGAAAGCGAGAGUCUCAUCUAGUGAGAGAAUCAAAACAGUCACAAUCUCUUGACCAGUGAGAUGUUUCUUGUCAUUGCUCUACAUUUUGAGUUGUUCCAUGAUCACUUUUGAAUGAGCAGUUUGCUUUUAAUAAAAUUUGGUUCCUGACUAAAGACUACCAAGUUAUAACUUAAAUUUUUAAUUAAUGCUACCAUCUUACAAUAAAGUGACAAUUGAAAC